AUGGAGAGCAGACUCGCACAGAUCGCAGGCCUGAGCCAGAAAGACAAGGCCAUCGCAUAUGGGUCCAUCCUCACCGACCUGCUCGCACGCCCCGAUCAGACAUCCCUUGCUACAGACAUCCGUAUCCUCGUUGAGAAUGUCAUCCAGGACAGCGUCGGUCUUGUCAUUGGCAGACAAGUGCUCUCAGGGCUUGUAAGGGCACUGGAAACAGAGACGGUCACAGAGCCCGUGCUCAAGAAACGCAUCGUCCAAGAUACCCUCGCCACAAUUCAACCCCGUGCUGUGAGCUACGAGGAGCAGGUAAACUCCCUUCGCUUUCAACUGGCAGAUAUUCUAGAGUCAGAGGAGGAAUGGAGCGAAGCCGCGCGCACGCUCAUGGGCAUCUCACUGGAUGCCGGCCAACGGUACGUACCAUCAGCCCUGAGCACAAUCGAUGAGGAGAAAUUCCGGGUUUACUUGCGCAUCGUUCGUCUCCUCCUGGAAGACGAGGAAUCCGUGCAGGCGGAGACAUACUACAACCGCGCUGCCCUCCUUGCACCGUCAACAUCGGACCAGGAAUCCCUGAUCCAGUUCAAGCUCUGCCAAGCCAGGAUCAAUGACUACUCCCGAAAAUUCCUCGAAGCAGCCAGCAGGUACCAUGAACUAAGCUGGGUAGUUGAGGUCGACGAGGAGGAACGCCUCAACCUACUAUCAUCCUCCAUGACCUGCGCCGUCCUCGCCCCCGCCGGCCCCGCACGCUCGCGCGUUCUCGCUUCGCUAUGCCGCGACGAGCGCACAGCCGAUAUGCCCACCUUCAACAUCCUCCUUAAGAUGUUCCACGACCGCAUCCUGCGCCCGUCCGAGGUCAAGGACUUCGAGGCGACGCUUAAGCCACACCAGCUUGCCAAGAUCACGCUCUCGUCAAACGACCGCCUUGCGUCCGCCGUCGCCGACGAUGACGCCACGGCCGACCCGAACGCGAGCAAACGCACGGGCCCGUCGACCGUGCUCGACCGUGCGGUGAUGGAGCACAACGUGCUCGCGAGCUCGAAGAUCUACAAUAAUAUUACGUUCAGCGGGCUUGGUGCAUUGCUUGACCUCACGCCGGGCGCGGCGGAGACGAUGGCGCGGAAGAUGAUUGAGCAGGGCCGGCUCAAGGGUUCGAUUGACCAGGUAGAAAAGUUGAUCUGGUUUGAGGCCACGAAGGAGGAGGACGACGCUCAGGGUAAGGCUGGAGGACUGGGCGACGUCGAGCAGACGCCAGAAGAUACCGGCGCACCCUUCACGAAGCGUUGGGACCACCAGAUCCGCACGACUGCAGCCAACGUCGAGUCUAUCGUGCAGCAUCUAACGGACAAGGGUAUCUUCAAAUUUGAGGCUGUGCUUGCGUGA